UGCUCUCAGUGUCCACAUUGCUCAGUAUCAUCGUCUGUCUCUUAAGGAAACAUGUACGGCAAUGUGGAUUAUGUUCCUCCGGUUCAGCGUGGAGAAGGGUUCCUGAAGAGAAGUCCAUCAGAACAUGGUAACUUAUAUCUACAAGAAGAAAGUAUAUAUGAACCAGUGCGGGGAAGUGAGAAGCCAGACUCUGAGAACUUCUGGAGAUUAUCAUCUGCUGGGAGCAGUGUGGAAGACACCACACUUCAGUGGAACCAAGACCCACCACAACGAAGAAAAACAUGGAUCUCUUCUUUUCAAAGGCAUUGUUGUCAUCAGAAGCACAAGCUCUUGAUUUCUUUUUUCAGUUGUGGCCUUCUACUGAUCUUGAGCAUCCUUAUAUUGGGUUAUUUUAUGUCCAAGUAUUAUGCUAUAGAGACAGAAUUAGAAAUGGUGAAAGAGCAGCAAAGGAGGUAUAUUACAAAGGGUUCCUUCCUCCUGUAUAAUGAGGCCCAUAACAAGUGUGCAGAGGUGCGCUCACAUUCCUCUAGCCGUAAUCUUUUUGAGCUGACUGCCUCCGUUUGCUCUUCACUUUCCUACUCGCAGUUCUUCCACUGGCUCCCAGGAGGCAGGCUCAUGAGCUCGGAGGAGGGACUAUGUGUAGGGGUGGAGGGAAAGCCUCAGUCUCAGAAGCCUCUAAGGCUUUAUCAAUGUGACACUGACAAUACCUUGAGCUGGGAGUGUAACAACGAUACUUUGCUGGGAGUUAAAGGGGAAAAUCUAUUCUUUAACUUUGGGAAUAAUGUAAAAUAUUUGGUUAUGCUUUACUGGGGCAAUGGGGUCUGGAGUCGCUGGAGAGCUCGAAACCUUGAUGGAAAGGUAUUAGUUGGGGGGGCUUGUGCUUAAUGGAGGUCAAAAUAAUUUCAUUGUGGCUUAAAUCUCAGGAGCUCAGCUGUUAAAGGGGUUGUCUCACACUAAGACCAACCCCUUUUAGGGAAAGGCAUCUUGCUUUACCCUUAAGGUAAUGACUAGAGAUGAGCGAUUUUCAUAUUUUGAAAUUCGUUCACGCUUUGUUUGGUGGUAAAAAUAGAAAUGCGUUAUGGAUUCCGUUACCACGGACCAUAACGCAAUUCUAUGACGGA